UACAUUUAGCCCCCUUAUCUUUUAUCCGUCACUUGUCCAUCUCAAUCCCCAUCCCCAUACCCAACCAGACACACACACAGAAUACUUCAAUAACAGAUUUAAGAGAUUUUAAGAAAUGCGAACUAUUCCCAGACAAGGGGAGGUUUAGACUUGCAAUUUACCGGCGAACAUGUCGUGUUUUUACAGUUCUUGUUCCUUCUCUUCUUUCUCUGCUGUCUCCAUCUCUCCCAAAUCAACUUCCACUUCCGUUCGCCCAAAUUUGAGGCCUAAAAUCCACUGUGCCGUUGCAGGAAGUGUUGCAGAAAGGGAGGUUGUCAAUGCAACUGAGCCCUUGUUGCUUAAUGCAGUUCGAGGUCAGGAAGUGGAAAGACCCCCAGUUUGGCUAAUGAGGCAAGCAGGGAGAUACAUGAAGAGUUACCAAGUCAUCUGUGAGAAAUAUCCUUCUUUUCGUGAAAGAUCAGAAAAUGUUGAUCUUGUAGUAGAAAUUUCUCUACAGCCGUGGAAAGUAUUUAAACCUGACGGGGUCAUUUUAUUCUCGGAUAUUCUAACACCUCUUUCUGGGAUGAACAUACCUUUUGACAUUGUAAAAGGGAAGGGUCCUGUCAUAUUUAAUCCUCUAUGCACAUCUGCUGAUGUUGAUCAAGUGAGAGAAUUUAUUCCUGAGGAUUCAGUUCCAUAUGUAGGGGAAGCAUUGACAAUCUUACGAAAAGAGGUUGAUAAUCAAUCAGCAGUGCUAGGUUUUGUUGGGGCUCCAUUCACUCUAGCGUCAUAUGUGGUUGAAGGUGGUUCGUCAAAGCACUUCUCAAAAAUAAAGCGACUAGCAUUUUCUCAACCCAAGGUACUUCAUGCACUUCUUCAGAAAUUCACGACUUCCAUGGCAAAGUAUAUUCAAUACCAAGCUGACAAUGGAGCUCAAGCUGUUCAGAUCUUUGAUUCAUGGGCCACAGAACUUAGUCCAGUUGAUUUUGAGGAAUUCAGCCUGCCUUACUUGAAGCAGAUUGUAGAUUCUGUGAAACAAACCCAUCCAAAUUUUCCUCUUAUCCUUUAUGCAAGUGGAUCAGGGGGCCUGCUUGAGAGGCUACCAUUGACAGGUGUUGAUGUGGUCAGCUUGGAUUGGACAGUUGACAUGGCUGAAGGUAGGAGAAGAUUGGGGCCAGACAUGGCAGUUCAGGGCAAUGUGGAUCCUGGCGUUCUUUUUGGUUCGAAAGAGUUCAUCACCAAACGGAUAAAUGAUACCGUGCAGAAAGCAGGUAAAGGCAAACAUAUUUUGAAUCUUGGCCAUGGCAUCGUAGUAGGUACACCGGAGGAGAAUGUUGCCCAUUUCUUUGAGGUUGCGAAAGAAAUUAGAUAUUAAAAGUUGACUUGAGAUUAGUUGGUUUUCUGUCUUAAGUUUCACCUAUCAUUAGUUCCAUUUUUCAGUCCUUGUUCAUUUGUUGUUCAAUACUGCUCCAAUGUGAGAAAGGCAACCAUGUUACAAUGUAGGAUAGGAAUUUGGUUGGUCUGUACUCUAUCCAACAUGAAUUUAUUUGAGAAGUUAAUAUUUGUACCUUUUUGUACCCUUCGGAAAACGGCAUUGUGAUGGACCUCAUUUAAUUGUCUGCUCUGUUUGUGCU